AUGCCGCCUCCGGAGCCCAUGCCCGGCUACGGGACCUUGCUCCGCCGGGGCUACGGGAGCCUGGCCGAGGCCGCCCGGAGCUGCGGGGACUGCGGCUGGGAGCUGGCGAGGCGGACCUGGGCCGAGAACGCUCACCUGGGCUGGGCGGAGGUGCUGCUGUGCGGGCUCUGCGCGCUGGGCUGGACCGCGCUGCGCUGCGCCUGCUCCCGCAGCAUCUUUCGGCCCUUUGGGGAAUGGUGCAACCUGCAGCCAAAAGAUGCUGCCAAGAUGCCUGAGAGUGCCUGGAAGCUGCUUUUCUACACCUUGUCCUGGUCCUACGGCACUUACCUGCUCUUCUUCACCGACUACCCCUUCUUCCACGACCCCCCCUCCGUCUUUUACGGCUGGAAGCAGGGCAUGGAGGUGCCCACGGACAUCGCCGUGGCGUACCUGCUGCAGGGCAGCUUCUACGGCCACUCCAUCUACGCCACGGCCUACAUGGACACGUGGCGCAAGGACUCGGUGGUGAUGCUGCUGCACCACGUGGUGACCCUCACCCUCAUCGCCUCCUCCUACGCCUUCAGCCCCGGCAGGUUCUGGUUCCGUCUCUACUGGUUCCCCCUCAAGGUCCUCUAUGCCACCUGCUACUCCAGCCUCCAGUCGGUCCCAAACAUCCCCUUCUACUUCUUCUUCAACGCUCUGCUCCUCAUCCUCACCCUGAUGAACAUCUACUGGUUCCUGUACAUCGUCCUGUUCGUGGCCAAGGUGCUGAUGGGGCAGAUGCAGGAGGUGAACGACGUGCGCGAGUACGACGUGGAGGACACCGGGAAAAGCGCCAGGGCCCGGAAGAGGGAGGCUGGAAUCCAACUGCCCAAGGCUCUGAAGGAAGGGCUGCACCUCAGGAACGGGCUCGUCAAGGACAAGAGGUUGUGAGGGCGGCGUGGCCGUGGCAGCUGCCAGGACCUGGCACCGACCAGGACCCUGCACUGGGAGCCAGCGAAGGAAAGGCACGAGGAGAACUUCAUCCCUGACCCCCUUCCCUCCCCUGCCCGGAGCCGGGGAACAGAUGCCACUGACAGGAUCGGGCCCCUCCGGGGGGCUGUGACCAGGCUUCACCUGGUGCUGGGGGGCUCCCCUGUGGCCCCCCUUCAGUUGGGACACUGGUGGCUUUUGCUGGUCCAGGUAGGAUUUGGAGCUGGCUUUGGGUCCCCUGGUGUUCCUCCCGUCGCUCCCGUCCUCAGUCCCGCCGUGAUUCCCCCGACUCUGCUGUUGGACCCUCCCACCGACCCUUCCCGAAGGAUCGGGGAGGGAAAAACCUCCUCUCCUGCCCCGGGAAGGG